AUGGAUACAAAUGAUAAAAUUGUAAAAGAAACAGCUCUACCUAGUGCUUAUGAUUAUGCUCCUUUUUUUUCUGAUCUAAACCUAAACGAUUCACGAAUUGAUAUGAUGUUUAUUUCAUACCCGAAAGGUUCUUACAGUUACUUAAAAAGCUCUUAUUUUAAAUUUCAACCAAUUUCCAACCAAAAGUUGAAUUCUAUAGAGGUUCAUAUAGACGUGGAUGAUGGUAAUAGUAGAGUGAUACCAGGUGAUGUGGUAAAAUUUGAUGAUGAAUAUGUUGUUAAAAACCAAGAUGAAGUUAAGAAAUGUAGACUAGUGUGGAAUGGUGAAGUUAUUGGUUGUGGUACUAGAUUGUAUUUUAAACAUGUUGAAACUAGUUUGUUUUUCGGUGAAGUGAAUAGAACUGAUAUAGAGUCUCUAAAAGAAGGAUAUCCUAAUGGCGUCUGGUUAUUUGAUGCUCAUCCUAAAACAGUAUUUAUAGAAUAUUUAAAGGAUCCAAAACCCUUGCUUGCUUUAGGUUGUGAUACAAUAUGCAUUGGUCAUCCACAUGCUGGAAAAAAGAUGGUCACAUUCGGACAAUUGUUGAGUGACUCAGAAGAAUGUUUUGAUAUUCAAGGUCGACAUAUAAAACAGCCACAACAAGACUGUAAGUGUCAGAAAGUUCAUUGUAUCAACUAUAGCUGUAAAACAUGUCCUGGUUCCAGUGGAUCUCCAGUAAUUAUACCAUCUCAAAAGUUGGAAGAGAUGUUUUUUUUACUCAUUUUAUGGGUAGAAACGGUGAAUCGAUAG